AUGAAAGCGUUAAAUUUAAGGGCAAUAUUAGCAACAUCUGUGAUAGCGUCUUUGACGAGUGCCUUAAUAGUCGAUAAAAAUGUCGAACAACUAUCUUCUAACGAAAAUAAGUAUUUGAAACUAGAUUUUGCUAGUGAAACUUUCGAAAAGUCGUCGCGUCUCCCUUUACAAAAGAGGGACACGUAUGCAACUGUUAAUAUUUCUGCCGAGUUUUAUUACGUUGUACAACUGUCUGUUGGUACACCAGGCCAGAAUGUCACUUUGUUGGUGGAUACAUGUUCUUCCGAUAUCUGGGUUACCAGUCCAGAUAAUCCGUUAUGUGAUGGUGAUAUAUUCUAUGACAAUGUCGAAAAAACGGCGAAGCAUGUUGUAGUUGCUGCCGCCGAAGAGUCUACAGUAAGCGAUGGUGAUUCAAAUGGAUUACUAGAUGGAGAGCCUGUGUCAACAACUCCAUUUGAAAGCUCGGUUAUAUAUCCUGCUGAAGGUUUAGUCGACUGUGGGUUUUUCGGCACUUUCAAUCCGAAUGAUUCAUCUACUUGGUCAACAAAUCACACGGAUUUUGUCAUUACUUAUAGUGACAACUCUACUGCCGAAGGUGUGUGGGGUCAAGAUGUUCUAUCGAUUGGCGGAUUAGACAUUUCUGGUGUGCCAUUUGCUGUAGCAAAUUAUACCAACUCCAGCCUCGGUGUCCUUGGUAUCGGUCUACCAGGUUCAGAAACGACCUACUUAACUAAUUCAUACAUGUAUGACAAUCUUCCAAUGGUGCUGAAGAAAUCUGGUGUUAUCGAUUCUGCCGCAUAUUCAUUAUUGUUAGCUGCAUAUAAUAAUUAUACCAGUGGCUUGCUGUUUGGUGCUGUUGAUCAUAGCAAAUAUUCCGGCUCUUUGUAUACGAUACCGAUGAUUAAUAUCUACGAGUCAAGAGGUUACGAAUCUCCUGUAGAAUUUGAUGUUACAAUCUAUGGUUUAGGUAUUUCAUCAACCGAUUCAAACACUACAAUUGCUACCAUGAAAACCCCAGCUUUAUUAGAUUCAGGAUCCACCGCUAUUUUUUUCCCUACGACUUUGUUAAAUUUAGCAGCUGAACAGUUAAAUGCUACUUAUUCUGAGGAAAAGGGACUCUACACAAUACCUUAUUCUCCGGCUAAUAUUUCCUUUGUCUUCGAUUUUGGUGGAUUCCAUAUUAAUCUCCCAAUCAGGGAACUUUGUUCGGUCUCGUACGGUGAACCUGAAUAUAUCCUUAAUAUCGUUGCCCAUAAUGAAAAUCGCAUCGUUCUAGGUGAAGCCUUUUUAGCCCGUGCUUAUGUAGUUUUCGAUUUCGAAAACUACGAGAUCUCUAUGGGUCAAUCUAGUUAUGAUUACGCCGAGGAAGAUAUUGAAGCAAUAAUUUCUACCGUCCCAGGCGCUGUCAAAGUCGCCUCUUAUUCAAACAGCUGGUCUUCCUUUGGUUCGAUCACUUCUGGUGGUGACAUAUUUACCAUUAGUUCCAAUGCUGGAAAGGCUGUAGUGACUCCUACCCAGUCCACCACACGUUCCACUCAGUCCGCCCAAUCCACCACUAGUUCUACCUCUAAAAGUAACAAUUUCGGCUAUUCAGGAAUAAGCUACGGAUCCCACUUACUAUUGGCAUCAGCGCCAUUCGUGCUAACUUAUUUACUAUGA